CAAUAUUCAAGCUACACAUUAUUUAUAGUCUCACAUAUCAUGCCUUCCCCACUUGUUUCUAAAUGGGCCACUGCCGAAGACACCAAACCAAAGACUGUUUCCCCUCCCAAGACCCCCACUGUUAAUCAAGUUCCCCCACCAAAGACAAGACCGCUGGUGCCCGCUGCUCAAAGUAAUGUGUUGGUAUCGAGAUGGGCCUCCUUGGACUCGGUCAAAACUGCUCCGAUCAAAGCCACCUCAACUAAAGCUUCUCCGGUUAAAAGUGAAAAACCAGUCAGAAAUGAAAAGCCUUACAGGUCUGAGAAACCAUCCAGAAGUGAAAAACCUCCACGCAGAUUCUCUAAUUCAAAGGAUGAUGACUUGUUCGCGCACAAGCUCCACCAUAUCGAAGGCCGAGAUUCUGGGAACUUGGCUAGCCGUUUAGGCGUGGCUCCUUCCAAAGACAGACCCGCUAAGUUUGAGCACACUGAAAAUAGAGGAUUCCGCCGUAACUCUGAUAAUUUCCGAGCCGAUCACGGUAGAGGCCACAAUGAGUCUAUCAGAGAUCAUAGCGACUCCAGAGGCCAUAGCAGAACCAAGUCUAAAGAGGAGGCACUCAAACCAAAAGCUAGCAUGACACCCGCUGCCCUCAGUCUCGCUGCAAGAUUGGGAAUGGGAGCCAAACUGUCUCAGAGUGAGCCCCACAGAGCUAGCCACGACUCUCCUAAAUCCUACACUAGCCACGACCCCCACAGAUCCAGUCAUGAUAAGGGCCGCAGAGCCGAUCGCAGAUUCAGUAACGACCGUGAAUUCCCGAAGGGCCACCGAGAAACCAAUUCGGCGCCGGCUCCCAGGGCUCAAAAGGUGCCGGAGCAAGAGCCAGUGGAGAAGGGCAGAAUUUUGACGGCUGAGGAAAUGGACGCGUUGGUUGCCGAUGUCAAGAACAUGGAUUGGGCAGAUUUGAUGGAUGACGAAGACGGGUUUUAAAGGGUUAUUGUAUUAUUAGUAUAUGAACAUUAUUAGCAAAUUUGCCAGAGAAUGAUAAGUUAUGAUAGUGCUUUUAGGGCCUUUAGGUAUUAUCAAAUGUUUUUAGUGUACAUUUAAUAUAUUAGAACUGGUGGUUCACUGGUCUAUUGGAG